AUAUUAUUUAUGGAAUCUGCUGUUGGAAUUCAAUCAUUCCUCUAAGAAGGUUAACCAUUUAAAUGUCUAUUCAAACAUCGAUUUACAGAUUUCAUUGUUUAAGAAAUUGAUCUUAAAGGAUAAGUAGCAAUCAUUUCUGAUAAAACUAAAUGGCAAAAUAUUGAAUAAAAAUAAGAUCAAAAACCCUAACAAAAAGAUAGAACAUUACCUUUUGCAAAUCUAUAUCUAUCUGAAGAAUUUAUUUAAUAAUCAAAUUAAUUGUUUGGUAUAGAAAUCACUGAAUAAUUUAAAUAAUUAGUUGAAAAAGUAAAGAGUACUGGAAAAUGUGUAUAAUUUGAGACUAAAGUUGCAUUACCUUAAUCAAAAGAAGAUAGAAUUAAAGUGCAUCAUUUAAUAAGAUAAAAUAUUCCAUUCCUUGAAUCAUUUACUAAAAAUGCUCAUAAUCAAAAGAAUAAAGCAGAAAAGAAAGAAGAUAAAGCUAAUUAAAAAGUUUAGGAAUCAGAAUAACCCCUUUAAGAUCAUAUACUUAUAAAAACAAGUAAUAUAAAUUUUAAAAAAUAUGUGGCAAAUUAAACAACAAAUAAAGCUUAUGGAGAAAGUAAGAAAUUUGUAAAAUUUAUCUUGAUGAAAAGAAAUCUAGAUUCUAUCAAUGCAGGAAUGUUUAUAUCUAAAUAAUUGGGAUUAUCAAAUAAACAUUUUGCUAUUGCAGGAACAAAAGAUAAGCGAGGUGUUACCACUUAAUGGGCUAGUCUAUAAGGAAUGGAAAUAUCUUAAUUAAUAGAGAUAUAGGAAAGGAAGUUUUGGAAUUAGAAUAUUUUAAUGAUAGAUUAUUCAUAUUAAGAUCAAGGAAUGAGAUUAGGAGAUUUAUAUGGUAAUCAAUUUAUUGUCACUUUGAGAUUUUUAAAUGAAUUGACUUAAAAUUAAUAAUGGGAAUUAGCAAAGAAUAUAGAAAAUGUAAAAUUGCAUGGAUUUGUAAAUUAUUUUGGUUUAUAAAGAUUUGGAUCUAAAAAUAAAAUAAAGACACAUUAAAUAGGUAAAGAAAUAAUAAAGAAGAAUUGGAAAGAAUGUAUUCGUAUGAUAAUAUUGUCAUCAUAAUAAGAAGAUUAUGAAAAAGUUAACUAAUUAUUCGACUUAGAUGAUUUUAUUACAAUGUCUAAUUUAAUUAAUCCAAGAUUAAGAAUUGAGAAAUAAUUGAUAGAUAAUUUAUUAUAGAAUGGAGUUCAUAAUUAUUUUACAGCAUUAUAAUCAUUGCCUAGAAAUGCAAGAGAACUAUAUUUACAUGCAUAUUAAAGUUAUAUAUGGAAUAAAAUGGCAUCUAUGAGACUUUAAAAAUAUGGAAAUAAAGUAGUAGUAGGUGAUAUUGUAAGUGCAAAUGUUACUGAAGAAGGAGCUGAUAAUGAAGAAGAUGAUAUCAUAUAAUAGAUAACAGAAGAAGAUGAAAAAUAAUAUAAAAAACAAACUGUAUCUACAUGUAUUCUUGUAACAGAAUUAAACAUAUCAUAAUAUACUUUUGAUUAAGUAGUAUUACCUAUCUAUGGACAUAAAAUUACAAUCCCAGAGGAAUCUAUUGUUUCUUAAUUAUUAUAAGAUAUAUUUUAAGAGGAAUUAAUUACCAAAUAAGAUUUUGAAGAAGCAUCAAAUAAAUUCUUUAUUGAUGGCAAUUUCAGAUAUCUUGUAUUAAUUUUCUAUUUAUUUAGGUUUAAAUUCCAACCGAAGUUGAACAUCAAUUAUUCAAGUAUUAGAACAAAGAUUAGGAUGUUGUUGAUUCUUUUGGAGAACUUUAAAUUGAUGAAGGAGAAUAUUAGGGUUUACUUAUCAAAUUCAAAUUAAAGAAAAGUAGUUAUGCAACAAUGUUAAUCAGAGAACUCACUAAAUGUCCAUCGACUUUAGAGUUUUAAUAAGAGAUAAGUGGAGAAUUUAAUUGAGUAUUUUCUACAAUCUUGUACAUGGAAUUAUAUUAUUAUUCAAG